AUAGAGAAGUGACAUCGGUCCACAGUUGUGUUCAUUAGAAAUGCAGAGCAAACAACUUUUUGACCCUAAAUGGAUGAUCUAACGAUGAUUGCGGAUCAAUUGCAACAUGUGGAAACCAUAGUUCAGGACUGUCACAAUGGAAUAUCGAUUGAUCUCUUUCUGCAUCUCACACUUAUCCCAGCUGUGCUGAUUGCCUUAGUGCUGUCAUUCCUUCAGAAAAGAGCAAAAGUGUUGGGCAUUGACCACAAACUUCCUUUCCUGCAAGGACGGUUUGGCAUUGUGGUACCUCUGGACACCAUAGGCAACCUUAGCAAUCGCUGGUCGUAUGGGUUCGCCUUUGGCGCCGUGUCGUACAGCGUCCUGCUGCUCUUCUCGGAACAUUACAUUCCUUUCACGGUCCCACCCUGGGCCAGAGCUGUAGUUUACCUGGUUGGAGCUUUGGAGGUGGGACUUGUGAACUUUCCUUUCUUUGCCUGUCUGUCAACGCCCUUCAGAACAGCUGGAGCUGUGCUCGGAAUUAUCUACUCUUUGUGUUGGCUUAUCAUUACAGUGUGGGACACAUUCACAUGUCCAGGUGGAAAGAUUUUGGGGAAAUACCAGAAGAUAAUUGUCCAGUGGCCCUGUAUCCUCUCUCUCAUUUUUCUUUUGGGGCGAUUUGUCUACAUGCUGGUCAAAGAUGUUCGAAUACAUCUAAAGCUGGAACAGGAGGACUCAGAUGAACUGACUGAGCAACAUCAAGUGCAGCAUGUCAAGAGACUUCUGAGGAAGAGAAGUACACACAGCAAGGUCCUGAGCUGGUUCCAGAGCAGAGUGUAUGAGUGGGAUCCCCACUUUAAGUUCCCUAACAGAAUCAUUGGCACUGCCAUCAUAUCCCUCAUAGGCCUAUAUACGAUGACGCUGGCUGACUACAGUCUCAGUAGUAUCGCUUUUGGCCAAGUGGACAGGUGGAAGAACACGCUCAAGCACUUGGUGACAUCCUGUAAUCAGACCGAAUCUUUGGGAGCCAUGAUUCCACAACUGGAAGAGUUCAUUGACGUUGCCAGAAAGACUUGGUUAGCAACCACCAUUUUUGCUAGCCUCAAUUCAGUCGCCUACACGUUUCAUGUACUGAUAUGUUACAGGAAACACUUAAAGAGACUUUGGAGAGGAGAGAGAGGUUUUCUCCCAGAGAAGUUUCUCAAGCCCAAGUCUGCUGUCAGUGUGGCCUCUAUUGCACGCUACUCUGGAUGGCAAAUUGCUUUUACGCUGUGGGGUUAUCUAAUGGUCCACUUUGUUCACUUCCUGGCUGCACUGCUGUUGGUGUAUGUGAUUGUUAUUCCAAUACAACAUGGCAAAGCUUAUACCAUGCUGUCCAACCUGGGCAUCCUAAUUCUGACCAUCGGUCUGGUGGUAGCCAUGGUGAUCCUCCAGAUAGUUUUGGUCCAGAUUUUUUUCCUCCAGGACAAAUUGUCUCCCACUGAUAAACAGAAACCUCUGGCUCUCAACAACAGAAAAGCAUUCCACUGCUUCAACUACUUUUUCUUUUUCUACAACGUGAUCAUGGGGAUAAGCAACUGCAUCAUGAGGCUGAUGAUCAGCAUUAUGCUGGGAACAUGGCUGGUGUCCCGCAUUGACCGUACAAUAAUGCAGAGAGGAUAUGAAACAAUGGAUGCUGGUUAUAGUACAUGGAUUGGGAUGAUCUUUGCUGACCACUAUCAUAACAAUCCAGUUAUGGUGUGUUUCUGCCAGCUGCUUGUCUCCACCACCCUGGAGAAACACACACUGUCUCCAUACUCCACAUUCAACAACACAUCAUCUGACUAUUCUGUGAACAGUCGGACCAGGAGACGUUGGGCAUUACUUUAUACCCUCCUUAGGAACCCUCAUUUGAUCCUGCACAGGAAGCAUCACCUCUGCUCAUUGACGACAUUAGACACAUCUCCUUCUCUUCAAUCGGACACAGUAAUCCGAGCUUGGGUUAUGACUUCCCAAAUACAGAGCCACAAGGCAGCAUUGGUACACUUACCACCAAACACUGUUUCACAAACACCAGAAAGCUAAAAUAGCUUUCACACUGAGAUACAUAUUUUGUCAAUGUUUGGCAAAAAUUCACCUGAGAUUUGAUAUCUUGUAAAAACUUGAAUCUCACUUUGCAUCCAGAUUAUCUGAAAAAAGUUUUAAAAUAAGUAUAAUGUUAAAGAAAUAUCUACGUGUAUUAUGUUUAACAGCAGCAUUGCUGAACAUACAUCAUUCUGGGACUUCUUGAAUUUCGGUGCACAAGUUUCUCCAUAAUUUUCCUUUAUUUGUCAAUAUAGCACAUGCAGUUAUCUUUGAAAGUGAACAGUUUGGUUGAGAUGUGACUGGCUUUCUCAUUAUCUUGUAUGUCUAGUUUGUUUAUUUGUUGUUAUUAGUUUAAUUAUUUUCUGUUCAUUAUUAUUUGCUUUGACUUUUAUAAACUGAAUUUUUCUGCUUGCA